UCCUAUCUCGGCACCCAGCGAGAAGAGUACCUUCUUCAACAGCUCGCGUUAGAGAAGCAGGCCUCGGAGAUCGUCUUCCACACGUCCAGUAUCACCAACGCCUUGGCGACGGACGAAGCUUUAGAGUUCAUCUCUAAACCGGCUCUGCAGGACAUCUACAGCAGCGACCCCUUCGGAGUGUUCACAGAGGAGCACGUGACUAGGUCCCUGAACGCAAUGAAAGCCAGACGCGAUAACCUCAUCAAGAAAAUCCAUGAAGGGACCAAAGUCGUUACGCUGUUCUUCUACCACGGACUGAAGGCAGAACUCGACCCCGACAGAGUUACUGACCCCAAGAAACGACAGAUGGCCAUCAAGAAGUACGUAGAGGUCAUCAAGUUGUGUCAGACCUUCGUGUCCAGUAAGAGCUCUCUUGAGAUCCGGAUCGUGGACUGGAGAGAUCCGGAAGAACGCAAGGAGAUUGACAAAGAGAAGUUUGGGUUGGCCAGACUUAAAGGGGGCGAAGACGAAGCAAUUUUCCACGGCCACCCGGCUACAGCUGGCAAGAAGGCCUUUGCCGUGCAGCUGAUCGCCAUCAACGGAGAGGAGACCGCCAGGAAGAGGAAGAUUUACGAGAAAUCUCGCGAGAGGUCGUGGAGUCCCGAGGAUUCCGUGAGACGGCUGUUGCAGGAGGUGCUGGGCGCUAACAGGGAACUUGUGGAGAAACAUGGUUUAGACAUGUCUGCUAUCAAGAAGGAGGACCUGGAGAUGCUACAGAACAUGAGUGAGAUUCACCUGCUGACAAACAAGAAGCUGGACCAAGGAAGUAACUUCAUCAAGAUUGGCAGUGGUAGUUUCAGCACAGUACACAAGGCGUCCCGACAGGGUCGUAUUGUGGCGGUCAAGAUUCUCAAUGACGUCCAAACCACGAAGGACCUCAAGGCUUUUCAAGAUGAAUUCAAACUUUUAAGAGACAUGAAGCACCCCAACAUCGUCCAAGUGGAAGACUGCAUCGUUCAGGACAACAGACUGGGUAUCAUCAUGGAGUUCAUGGCAGGAGGGAACCUCCGGGACCAUCUCCGGAAGUCCGGAGCUCAGGAGAAGGACUUCGUACUGGGGUUCGCCAAACAGAUAGGUCUCGCACUGGAGUACCUGCACCUGAAGGACGUCAUGCACAGGGACGUCAAACCGGAAAACGUUUUCAUUUCAGAGGACCACAGUACCUUCAAGUUGGGUGACUUCGGUCUGGCCAGAGUGACCGAGGGCACGCGGCAAACCAAGACACUCAUCGGAUCCUACCGCUACAUGGCACCGGAAGUGAUGUCAUCGCGCGGCCACUACUCCAAAAAGGCAGACGUUUACAGUUACGCGUUGUGCUUGAUCGAGCUCAUUAAAGGAGAGAUGGUGUUUCCUGAGAUCGCUAUACAUAAGGAUGCGAUGGACGAGAAACUACGCGGUGGGCAGCCUGACACUCCGAAAAACUGCGAUGAGUAUGGGCCAAGGAUGAAACCAACCAUAGAACGAUGUCUGAAACCAGAAGCACAACGACCGUCCAUGACCAAGGUGUUGCAGAUGCUGUUUGGAACUGCACCUGUGACAACAGACACGGGACACCUGGAGCUUCUUUGUCUGGGUACCGGAGACGCUGUAACUGGUAAGUCUGCAUGGAAACUUUUCACAAACGUCCUACGUGGUAUAUCUUCGAAUUUCGGUUGA